CUCGUUCAGCUCUCUCGUCUGAACUCAGACCCCCUUGAGAGAGUCUUCGACCAGACAGGCUCCUCUUCUUCUUCUUCAUCAUUUCUUCUCAUUCUUGGGUCUUCCCCAGGCCUUUCUGUCUUUUUUUCUUCCUUCGAUCACAAAGAUGGAAAACCUGACUAUAUUGUCUUAUUCGGUUUCUUCUCCGAAGCCGUUUAUGGGUUGCAAUUUCUGCUCUUCUUCACUCAAAAACCCUACCGGGGUUUUCACCGGUUCCGGGAACUCGCUUCGAAGCUAUAGAAUUGUAGUCCGGAGUUCCAGAAUCUCAGCCUCCGCUCAAUCUCAGAGUCGUCAAUCUCGGCCGGCGACCUCGGCAGUUAUUGUGAAACAUGGAGGGAAUUCUUUUGCGAGUGUUUCUUCUUCGAGUGGUGAACAGACAACAUCCGUUGGUUACCCUAAUGUUGCAGUGCCACCAUCCUCUUCAAGCAUAGGAUCACCACUUUUCUGGAUCGGUGUUGGCGUUGGGUUUUCAGCUCUGUUCUCGUGGGUAACUUCAAGUUUAAAGAAAUAUGCAAUGCAAACGGCUAUGAAGACCAUGAUGAGCCAGAUGAAUAUGCAGAGCAAUCAGUUUAACAAUCCUCCAUUUCCGACGGGAUCUCCUUUCCCGUUUCCAAGUCCUACACAAAUGAGCUCGGCUCCUUCACCUGCUUCGGCUUUUCAAACCCCUCCCCCGUCGUCAGCUGCUACUGUCGAUGUCACAUUGACAAAAAAAGCAGAUGAACCUCCUUCAACGAAGCCACAACCUCCCCCUCCUUCUCCAGCAGCAACAGUAGAAACAGCUAAAGUUGAAACCGAAACAGAAACGAAGAGGGUAGACAAGAACUAUGCAUUUGUGGACGUUCCUCCUGAAGAAACCACGAAGGAAAAUCCUUUCAGUAACUAUGAAGAUACUGAAACUAGUGCUACCAAAAAUACUCAAAUGUUCGAGGAUGUUUUAAAGAAUGGAUCUUCUGCUUCACAGCCUGGUGCAAGUGGUUUUCAGUUUCCGGGCACAGGGAAAGGAGGGCCUGGUUUGUCUGUUGAAGCUUUGGAGAAAAUGAUGGAAGAUCCUACGGUUCAGAAGAUGGUUUACCCAUAUUUGCCCGAGGAGAUGAGAAACCCGGAAACUUUCAAAUGGAUGAUACAAAAUCCACAAUACCGUCAACAGCUGCAGGACAUGCUGAAUAACAUGAGUGGAAGUGGCGAGUGGGACAAGCGGAUGACAGACACUUUGAAGAAUUUUGACCUGAAUAGCCCUGAAGUCAAACAGCAAUUUGACCAGAUAGGGAUGACGCCAGAGGAGGUGAUCUCAAAGAUAAUGGCGAAUCCCGACGUUGCCGUUGCUUUCCAGAAUCCCAGAGUCCAAGCUGCAUUGAUGGAAUGCUCAGAGAACCCCAUGAAUAUUAUGAAGUACCAAAACGAUAAAGAGGUGAUGGAUGUGUUCAACAAGAUUUCUCAGCUCUUCCCAGGAAUGACGGGUUGAGUCCAGAUUCCUUUCUUUUUUUUUUCCAGUCGGACAGAUACCCUUAUUUCAUGAAUCUCUGUGGUAGUUUACGCAUUCAAAUUAAGACAUCGCCAAAAAAAAAAAA